GUCUACGUCUACUACUGGGAUGGCCGGGAUGGACCUUCCUUCGAGGGAUGGUGGUUCGGGAAGGCGGUGGGCGGCAACGAGGUGUGGUCUCACUGUCCGGAGAAGGCCAUGCUGCCGCCGCUGAAGGGCUGGAAGAUCCCCUUCCAAGGGCCGCCUCGGAACACCUUCCUCAUGAUGCCCAGGUCAGAGAAGGUGAAGCGGGAGAACUCGGAGAGGGUGGGCAAAGCCAAGGUCUUAGAGCAGGGCUCCAGCAGCAUCGUGGCGGCGGCCCAGGCCGCGGCGGAGGAAGCCAAAGCCGUGUGCGAGAAAGACCACGGAAGCCUGGAUCCGACCGUCCUGAAGGAUGUGGAGGCCUCGCUGAAGCCGCACAUUCAGGCCCUCCAGGAUCAGCUCAAGCAAGUGGAGUCUGCCGGCCUCGGUGAGGCCGUCCGCAGUCUCGAGUCCAAGAUCCGGCGCGCCCAUGUGCAAGUGGGCGAAGCAGUGACGAAGGUGAAGGCGCUGAUCCCGCAGGUCAUGCGGGUGCAGAAGGAGAAGCAGUCUGAGCAGAGGGAUGAGAAGCUGCUCAAGGAGAUGAUGGCCGCCAUCACCGAGAAGUUUCACGCGGCCGAGGACUUGGCUGAAAAGGCGGAGAUUACCUCGGCGAUGAUCGAACACGCUGGGGAAGACCUGAACGAGGCGCAGAAGGCGGCACAGCAGACGGAGGAGUCCGCAAAGCAGGCUGCUGCUGCUGUCAAAGAGGCGCUGACUGCCAUCGGCCUGAAACUGGGCAUGCUGAAGAACUUCGAGAGCGACCAGGGCCGGCUCAAGGCCACUGACGCCCUGGGCAGCUUUCGGGAGAAGCUGCGGGUGGCGAACCAGAAGUUGGUGCCCUUCCUGCAGGCCCAGGAGACCUUCAAGGCACACGCGGAGGCGAAAGCCUUGUCAGACGAGCUGGAGGCAAGACUCGCGCCCGCAGAGGUGGAGGUGGACAAGGCGGAGCAGGUGGCGGAGCCUCUGCUGAGCUUCGCAGAGGCCGCGUUGGCCGCCGGGCAAGCGGCAGCUGAGGCCACCGCCACGCCCAAAGCGAAGGCCAAGAGCAAUCAGAAGGACAAGGAGCCCCAGAAAGCUGCGACCAAGCAGGUGCUCCCGCCGCCGGAGGUGGUGGCGCAGGCCGGAAAGAUCGCUACAGAUGCCGCAGCGACCCUGCAAGGGGUGAUGAAGAUGUUGGACCAGAAGCGAAGCAGCCAGCAGGUUCUUUUCUCAACUCCCAUGAAGAAGGUGAUGGAGAAAGUGGACGCCAGGGUCAAGGCUGCUCAGAGGAAGCUUGACCGGAUAAAGGUGGCGCAGAAAGAGCUGAAGGAAAGAGAGACCAGCAUUGCUUUGGUUUCAGAUGUGCAGGAGAAGAUGAGCUCUGUGGAGAAGGCCUUGCAGCUGGCCAAGGAGGCGGUGGACGCCAGCCAGGGGGACGAGGAGGAAGCGAUCAAGGCGGCCAACAAGGCGGUGGCCACCGCGAAGGUCGCCAUCUCCAUGCGGCUUCUGGAGGUGAAGCGCUUCACCGCGGAGGCGGGCAUCCAGGCGCAGCGGAGCCUUCAAGAGUACCAGCAGACCUUGCAAGGUUCCAACACGCAGAUCGAGUCCCUCAAGAAGACAGCAGUCCAGAACAGAGAGGUCUCCAAGCGGAAGGCGGCCCUCAUAAAGGUGGAAGAGGCAGAGGAACUCGCGCAGCAGGCGGAGGCCUCGGCCACGGAGAUCUUUGACCCCGAGAAGGUGGCCACGAUGAGCGCCGUGGAAAUCCGCAAGGCGGGGGACAUGAACCAGCGGACCUUCAAGGCGACCAUGGACGCAGUGCGCCAGGCGCAGAUGAUGAUCACCUCCCUGCAGAUCGAGGCGAAGAACAAGGAGAAUGCGGCAGCACUCUCCACUGAGUACGGGAAGUUGCAGGCGCGGCUGCGGCAGGCGGAGGCAGCGGUGGCGCACUGCGGCACACUGCCGCCGGAGGUGCAGGCUCAGCUGACGCUCAAGGCGCAGAUCGACGAGGUGGAGUCCAAGGUGAAGGCUUCAGAGGAGAAGGUGGGGCAGGCGGAGCAGUUGGCGAAGGAGGCGGAGACCAACCCGAUCGAGGAGAAGCCGGAGGACUCGAAGCCGUCGGCGGCGGUGAACGCCACGGCCAAGGCCACCGCGGCGAAGGCCACAGCCAAGGCGGGCGCCUGGAAGGGGAAGGCCGCCGGUAAGGGCAUCGAGGAGCCGGCAGGCCCCGUGGAGAAGGCGAAGCAGUCCUUGGAGGCGGCGGGGCUGGACCUGAAGAUUUGCCUCCGAUUCCUGGAGGCUCAGAGCCAGGCCGGCAAACUGCCCGCGGAGGACGAAGCGUCGCUCAAGGGCAGGAUCCAGGCAGCUCAAGAAAGGCUGGAGGCUGCCACCAGCAUCCUGGAGAAGGCUCAGGAGAAGCGUGCCAGCCUUGCCUUGCUUGGGGAUGCGGACAAGAAGGUGCUGGAGGCCGAGAAGGCGGUGGAGGCGGCCGCAGAGCUGGCGGCGCCCUUGCAGGAGCUCAUGGCCUCCGAGGACAAAAGGCCCGCAAAGGCAGAAGGCAACGAGAAGGACAAGGAAGCAAAGGAUGAGGAGAUGAAAGAAGAGAAGGAGGAGCAGGAAGCAAAGGAUGAGGUGAAAGAAGAAGGGGUGAAGGAGGAAGAGGGCGGCAAAGAGGAGAAAGAGGAGGCCAAGGAGCAGUCGCCCUUGGAGGAGGCACUGGCCGCCAUGAACUCCGCUGCGCAGGUGGCGAGUAGACAGCUGAGCAACGCAAAGACCACCUUGGCAGUGAAGCGGAUCUCGGCCAAGCGCCUGCCGGGCAAUGCUGCGGCUUCUUGUCUAGAACAGCUUGAUGCCUUGCAGAAGCGCCUGGACUCUGCGAUGAAGCAUCUCGCGGAGGUGCGUCGCGGCAGCACGGACCGGCAGUAUGCCAAGGCUCGCAAGGCGAUGGCCCAGAGCAUCACGCAGGCCGAAGCAAAGGUGGAAGCAUCCAAAGAAGCCUUUCAGGCGCUCAUCGACCUUCCGGAGGAUGCAGAUCCCCUGGAGAUGCAGACGGUGCUGCAGAAGGCUGCUGCUGCCCAAUCUGAGGCAACGGCUGCGAUCCAAGCCGCGCGUGUGCCGUUGAUGGAGAGGCUGCAGAAAGCGAAAGCUGAUGGAGUCACCACCGACACCUCAGAGGUCCUCAAAGAGUUUCAGGAAAUGUUCACCAAGCUAGCACAGCUGCAGUCGAAGCUGGACGAGCAGCGGCGAGAAGCCAAUGACAAAGAGCACAAGUUCGUGGCGGCGUGCUUGACGCAGGAGGCCACGGAGAUGUUCAGCAACCUGGACAAGACGUUGGAGAACCUGAACGCCGCCGCGGCGCCUUUAAUCGCCAAGGGCGAGGAGCUGCAGCCGCUGCUGCGUUUGGGGCAGCUGCUGGAAGUGCUGCGGAAGCACGCCUCCGCAGCCUCCAAGACACCUGGCGCCCUAUGGGCAGAACUCGCCAAGGCCUCCGGAGGGGAGCUCCUGAUGCCCAAAGGCAUCAUCGGGGCCUUGAAGGAACUCCGGCCGGAGCCGGACCUGACAGACCUCUUUGGCACCACCGAGGAGGAUGAACGCGUCCUCCUUGCAGCUGCAGCGCGCAUGGACGAAGAGGCGACAAAGCAGGAGGACGGCGGGAUCUCUGAAGAGAAGUUCUUGGACCACAUGAAGGUUCGCUACCUUUGCGUUGCAGUUGUGACGAUGACCACUGAGAAGGAGGUCAACACGAAGACCGUGCGAAAGUUGGAGGUGAGCGAGGUCUUAGAAGCCAUGAGCGAAGCCACACGGGAACCGCAGAGUGGCCUCCUAAGGGUAGAGUGCAAGGCUUUGCAGGAUGGAGCCCAGGGCUUUGUCACAGUGGCCGGGUCUGGAGGCACUACGUACCUGGAGGUGUACACACCCUUCAUGGCCUGUGUCCGAGCUGCAGAAGCAGCCCUGGCCGAAUCUCAUGAGGCAGUUACCUCCACGGCCUCGUACCUGAAGCAGAAGCACGACGAGCUGCGCAGCACGCGCGGUACGGCUGCUCUCACGGAUCUGAAGCAGAAGCUCCAAGAUCUGCGGGUGCGGGCCACACGCGCGCAGGUUGCGCAUAGCGACGUGAAGCAGAAGGUCACUGAGGCCAAGAACCGGUACGACAGGCAGCUGGAGGCGCACAAGAAGUGGCGCCAGACGGCGGCAGAGAAGCUGGCAGCGGACACCAUCACAGGUGAGGCGUCGAACAUGGUGGACGAGUUGAUCGCCAAGGCGACGACUGCCUGCGCUGCUGCCUCCAGCAUCCUUAGCGUGACGAGCGACUCAGCCUCCUCCAGCUCUUUGCAGGCCUUGGAGCAAGUGGAGAAGGACCUGCUGGCAGUGGUGGAGGCCUGCGCAGAGGGCGAGGGCAAGAUCAUGAAGACGGUCAUGGAGGAGAUCCGGAAUGCUAGCAAGGGGCCUCUCUUUGAUGCCCGGCGAAUGAUGUUCCGGCUGAAGGUGAAGCUUGCCCCGCUACCUAGCAACUGCAAGAAGCACCUGAAGACCAUUCAGGAAAAGAAGACGGAGAUGAUGGAGGAUGUGCGGCGGUCGGUGGGAGAUCAACUCCGAGAACACGCCCUCAAAAGCCAGCUCUCAGCGGAUGCGCUCUUCGAUCAGCUGCGAAAAGUUUCCGGCGAAGCCGGCGACGAGGUGGAGGAUGGGGCGAUCUCGGUGUCGUCCCUGCGCUCUUGCUUGGGUGACAAAGACAUGUCCUCGGUGUCUGCGCUGCAGGGAUUUGAGGCUGGUGUCACAAGGAGUGCUUUCCUAGACUUGGUGGAGGAGUAUAGGAAGUGCGUGAAGGAGGUCGCCUUGACGCCUGCACUGCAGGUGAAGGGCACCCCCACGCGGAAGAUCGAGGUGGACGAGGUGGUCCAGGUGCUUGGGCAGCCCAGCACCGACGAGCCCGGCGGCCUGGUGCGCGCUCCAUGCCGGGCGCUGCGAGACAACAGCGAGGGCUGGAUCACCAUGAAGGGCAACCAGGGCACGGUGUUCCUGGAGCGGGUACGGAAGCCUUACUUCCUUUGCACCGCAGAGACACCUUUCCUAGAGAGUUGCGCCUCCUCGAGCAAGCAGAUUGGCAAGGUCAGCCCGGAUGAGCUACUCGAGGUGCUCGAAGGACCACGGCUGGAGAAGACAGCCGAGGUUACUAGAGCAAGAGGCAAGGCGACCAAGGAUGGCAAAGUUGGUUGGGUUCUGUUCAAAGAUGACUCCGGCCGAUGCUUCUUUGAGUUGCAAGAGCUGCUGCUCUGCAAAGGGAGCGUAGCGCUCACCGACAACUUUGACAUAGGCGCCUGCAAAGCCAUCCGGAAGUUGGAGGUGGGGGAGACCCUCACAGCCUUGGAGGACGCCCCAGCAAGACGAGAGCCGAAACAUGACCCGCAUGAAGGUCAAAGCUUUGUCAGAUGGCAAGGAAGGCUGGGCCACCUCGCAAGGGAACCAAGGAACCAUGUACGUCACAGAAACUGACAGGCACUUCACCUGUGUGGUCAGCGUUGACCUAGAAUCUUCUCCGGGCAAGGCCCUGCGAAAACUGGAGGUGGGCGAAGGCUUCGAGCUUUUGCAGGAUCCCUCUGUGGAGAAGAGACAAGGCAAGAGCUUCGCCCGGGGCCGCUGCUUAGGCACGGAGCCAGGCAACUCGCCAGGUCAGGGCUGGUUUGCAAUUGAUGCAAAUGUGCAGCCCUGGGUGCACUGGGCGCGGCUUCAGCUGCCCUAGUCAGCCGAAGGGAGAAGCUUCCGGAGGUGAGCAAGGGGAGAAUGAGGCUCGUAGCACCCCAUGAGGGUCCAAAGUAUCGCCUCAUUAGCGCUUAG